AUGGAUAAUAUUGGAAAGCAGGAAGAUGGUGAAAAGGUGGAAGAAGCAGUGAAUGGUGUUAAAAAAGCACAGAACAUAACAAUAAAAGUAGUGCGUGGUAAGGGUUCAAGAAGAGGCUCAUCAUGUAGUUUCUGUCAGGCCGAUGAAUGUGGUGAGGACUUAAGCAUGGCCAAGAGUUACAACCGCCGUCACAAGGUUUGCCAACGACAUUCUAAGGCCCCUGUCGUUUUAGUUUCUACCAUUCGUCAGAGGUUCUGCCAACAAUGUAGCAAGUUCCAUGAACUUGCAGAGUUUGAUGGCAACAGAAGAAGUUGCAGGAUAAGAUUGGCUGGCCAUAAUGAACGGAGGAGGAGAAAAGUUCGCGCAGACCAUUGCUUAGAAGAUGAUCAGCUUCAGCCAUAG